AUGUCGGUGCUCAGGUCAGCUCUCCGCCCCCUCGCCAGGACCAUUGCCACUCGCGCAUACGCCACCGAGGCGCGCUCGCGCGUCGUCGACGGCUUUGUCGGCGCGGUCGGCAACACUCCCCUUAUCCGCCUGAACAAGGUGUCUGAGGAGACUGGCGCCAACAUUCUCGCCAAGGCCGAGUUCAUGUCGCCCGGCGGUUCGAUCAAGGACCGUGCGGCGCUCUACCUCGUCAAGGACGCCGAGGAGCGUGGCCAGCUGCGUGCCGGCGGAACCGUCGUCGAGGGCACUGCGGGCAACACUGGUAUUGGUCUCGCGCACGUCUGCCGUGCCCGUGGCUACAAGUGUGUCAUUUACAUGCCCGACACUCAGUCGCAGGAGAAGAUCGACCUUCUCCGCAUGCUCGGCGCCGACGUCCGUCCCGUCCCUGCUGUUGCGUUUGACAACGAGAUGAACUACAACCACCAGGCCCGCCGUUACGCCGAGUCGCUCGACAACGCCGUCUGGACCAACCAGUUUGACAACACUGCCAACCGUAACGCGCACAUUGUCUCGACCGGCCCCGAGAUCUGGGAGCAGACCGGCGGCAAGCUCGACGCGUUCGUCUGUGCCACCGGUACCGGCGGCACCCUCGCCGGCAUCACCCGCUACCUCGUCGAGAAGUCCGAGGGCCGCGUCGAGUCGUACCUCGCCGACCCCCCCGGAUCGGUGCUGUACAACCUCGUCGAGAACGGCAAGCUCGCCCGUGAGGGCAACGGCUCCAUCACCGAGGGUAUCGGACAGGGCCGCGUCACCGAGAACCUCAAGCCCGACCUUGAGCUCCUCUCGGGCGCCGUCUACGUUCCCGACGCCGAGUCGAUCAAGAUGAUCUACCGCCUCCUCGACGAGGAGGGUCUUUACGUUGGCGCCUCAUCCGCCCUCAACGUCUGGGCUGCCACCGAGGUCGCCAGGAAGAAGGGCAAGGGCUCCACCGUCGUCACUGUCAUCGCCGAUGGUGCUUACCGCUACCAGGCGCGUCUCUUCUCGCGUGUGUGGCUCGAGUCGAAGAACCUCAUCCAGUACAUCCCCGAGCACCUCCAGAAGUACAUUGUCCUUCCUUAA